GAUGCGGCAUCCGGGAUCUGGCCCGGCCUUUGCUCGUAGCUCCAGCCAGAGCUCCGUUAGGGCCUCAUCGCCCUGCUCCCGCUCCUUAGGGAGGCCUCGGUGAUUCUGCCACAGCCUCAGCCUCUGUGGCUCUGUGACCUGCCGGUAUUGGAUGAUUCGUAUCUAAGACUCUGGGACACCUUCGAAGUCGGGAAAUGGAACUCUUAACAUUCAGGGAUGUGGCCAUAGAAUUCUCUCCAGAAGAGUGGAAAUGUCUGGACCCUUCCCAGCAGAAUUUAUAUAGAGAUGUGAUGUUGGAGAACUACAGGAACCUGGUCUCCCUGGGUGUUACUAUCUCUAACCCAGACCUGGUCACCUGUCUGGAGCAAAGAAAAGAGCCCUACAAUGUGAAGAUAAAUGAGACAGCAGCCAGACCCCCAGCUGUGUGUUCUCAUUUCACCCAAAACCUUUGGACAGUGCAGGGCAUAGAAGAUUCAUUCCACAAACUUAUACCAAAAGGACAUGAGAAACGUGGACAUGAGAAUUUAAGAAAAACUUGUAAAAGUGUGAAUGAGUGUAAGGUGCAGAAAGGUGGUUAUAAUGGAAUUAACCAAUGCUUAUUAACUACCCAGAGCAAAAUAAUUCAAUCUAAUAUAUGUGUCAAAGUUUUUCAUAAAUUUUCAAAUUCAAACAAACAUAAGAUAAGAUAUACUGGAGAUAAAACCUUUAAAUGUAAAGAAUGUGGCAAAUCAUUUCACGUGCUCUCACGCCUAACUCAACACAAAAGAAUUCAUACUGGAGAGAACCCCUACACAUGUGAAGAAUGUGGCAAAUCCUUUAAUCGGUCCUCAGUUUUUACUAAACAUAAGAGAAUUCAUGCCAGAGAGAAAUUCUACAAGUGUGAAGAAUGUGGUAAAGGCUUUACUCGGUCCUCACACCUUACUAAACAUAAGAGAAUUCAUACUGGAGAGAAACCCUACAUAUGUGAAGAAUGUGGUAAAGCAUUUAACCAAUCCUCAACCCUUAAUUUACAUAAGAGAAUUCAUUCUGGACAAAAAUACUACAAAUGUGAAGAAUGUGGUAAAGCCUUUAAGUGGUCCUCAUCCCUUAAUGAACAUAAGAGAAUUCAUGCUGGAGAGAAACCCUUCUCGUGUGAAGAAUGUGGCUGUGUCUUUACCACAUCCUCAGACUUCGCUAAACAUAAGAGAAUUCAUACAGGAGAGAAACCCUACAGAUGUGAAGAAUGUGGCAAAUCCUUUAAUAGGUCCACGACUCUUACGACACAUAAGAGAAUCCAUACUGGAGAGAAACCCUACACAUGUGAAGAAUGUGGUAAAGCCUUUAAUUGGUCCUCAACCCUUAAUGUACACAAGAGAAUUCACUCUGGAAAAAAUCCCUACAAAUGUGAAGAUUGUGGCAGAGCCUUUAAAGUGUUUGCAAACCUGCAUAAUCAUAAGAAAAUUCAUACUGGAGAGAAACCCUACAUAUGUAAACAAUGUGGCAAAGCCUUUAAACAGUCCUCACACCUGAAUAAACAUAAGAAAAUUCACACCGUAGAUAAACCCUACAAAUGUAAAGAAUGCGGGAAAGCUUUUAAGCAGUACUCCAACCUUCCUCAAUGUAAGAGAACUCAUACUGGAGGAAUAUUUUAGAAAUGUGAAGAAUGUGGGAGCCUUUAAGUCUUCCUCAGUCUUUUCUAAUCAUAAUUCAUACUGGAGAGAAACUCUACACAUGUGAAAAAAUUGACAAAGCUUUUAACCCCAACUCAAUCUGUUCUAAACGUAAGAGAAAUGGUAUUGGUGAGAAGCCAUAAAAAUAUGAAAAAUGUGGAAAAGCCUUCAAAUGCUUGUCACAUCUUACUGUAUAUAAUUCUUACUGAAGAAAACCCCUAAGAAUAUUAAAAAUGUGGCAAAACCUUUAACCAAUGCUCAUGUCUCUUUGCACAUGAUAGCAUUUAUACUUGAGAAAAUUGUACAAAUAUAGAAAAUGUAGAAAAGCUAUUAAUGCCUACUCGUGUUAUUAAAUAUCAGAGAGUUUGUACUUAAUAAAAUCAUUAUAAAUGUAAUAUUUGUUGAAAGACCUGUUAGAAAAUACAGGUCUUAAAAGUGAAGAAAAGCAUUCUGAAGAUAGACAAUACAAAUAUUAAGAGGGUUGUAGUACCUGUACUUGCAUCAUGGGUCUUAUUGUGCAUAUUUUGUAUUAGAAGAAAACCCUGAAGCAGUUGCCCAAACUUUCUUUGACAUUAGAGAAUUUAUAUUGGAAAGAAAUUUUACAAAUGUAAUAAAUUUGGAAAAGCAUUUGUUCAAAAACUAUAGCUUAAAAAAACAGAGUUUAUACUAGAAGAUAUUUUGUAGAUGCAGUAAAUAUGAAAAGAUAUUCAGUCUAAAAUUAAGGCUAAAUGUCAGAAUAUUUACAGUAGAAAGAAAAAGGCAUUAACACUUGAAACUUUACAGUAAAUCAGUGUUAAUUGUAAAAAAAUUCCAAAGCUGAAACAGAUAAUUUCUUUGUAUAUAAGUUGAAAAGGAGUAGCUUUUUGAAGUUAUUCCAUUGAAAUUAUACUUUUUUUACUUGAAAAAAUAUAGAUUUUUUGAAAAGUAAAUUCAACUCUAAAAUUACUUCAUACUGAUUCAACUUAUUGUUUAUAUGAAAGCAUGUGAUGAAUUGUUGUAUCAGAGGUAUGAGUGAUUCUUCUUAGGUGGGCAUCAUUCAUGAACUUUUACAUGAAUGAGUAAGGACAUUGAAAGAUGCAAGAGAUGAUGCAUGCAUCUUUGUGGUUGACUUGUAUCAUUGCGCGAUGCAUGGGGUACAUGUUGUAAUAUUCUUCUGCAUUAUAGUGAGAGAAAAAUCUGAAUUUUAGUAAUAAAUUGUUUUUACCAUUUGUACAUUUAUGUAAUAAAAUACAGUAAAUUUUAAAAUUCUCUU